AUGACCAAGAUAUCAUGUUCUUAUUUCCUCAUACUAAUGCUUGUUUUGUUAGGUUUUUCAAUUGUUGAGUCUAAGGGAGAUAGGCGUUGUACUCUAAUCAUUGAUCUAGCUCCAUGUCACCAUGUACACUGUCGUCUAAACUGCUAUGCGGAGCGCAAUGGAGUUGGAGAAUGUAUUGCAUCAAAAGUUGGUAGUACUCCUAAUUGUGUGUGUACUUAUGAUUGUUGA